AUGCCACCACCACUACCACCCCAAAGCUCCAAACCUCAGACUAAGAAAUCUCAGUCCAGCAAAAUUGUGCCCAGUGACCAUGACCAAUCUGAAAAGGUUAGAGCAAGCUGUCUUUCCCAACAGUCCUUGUCCCCAUCAUCAGCAAAGCUAUCUCCAUCUUCACCUAAGGGAGGACUCAAAAAAAGAUCAGCUUUUGAAGAUCUCACCAAUGCUUCUCAAAGUCAACCUGCCCAGCCCAAGAAGGAAGCCAAUAAGGGGUUUAUAAAAGAUGUUCCCAAGAAGAUAAACAGGAACACACAUGCUCUUGGGGUGGCCAAACACAAUGAUGUGAAUAUAAAAAGGCAUAAGCUGGAACCCUCACCGGUAGUAGACUCUACCACUUUGGUACCAAACGUUAUGGAAAAACCACUCAUUCUGGAGAUAUCUUCCAUCUCCAAAACACCCACCACUGAGGAGGCACUUCUCUUCACAAAGCCAUUAGUUCUAAAAGAGGAACCCACUACUGAGGAGACAACCCUCAUCAAGAAGUCAUUAUCUUUAAAGAAAUACACAAAUAACAGAGAGAUGUCCCUUUCAGAGAGACCACUGUCCUUGCAGGAGGAGACUGACAAUGAUGAUGAGUUUGUUAUAGAGCCAGCGACUUUUAGGAACAAACAUAAAACUGAGGACGCAGCCAUCACCAAGAGGACAUUAUUCUUAAAGAAGGAGAUGUGCGUAUAUCAGGGGAAGCAGUCCUGCUGGGAGGAGUCAUUUGCCUUGCAGGACAUCAGUUUUGAAGAGGAUUCCUUCUUUAUGGAGCCAACGAAUUUUAGGAAGAAGCCUAAAACUGGGGAGUCACCCCCCACCAAGAAGACGUUAUCCUUAAAGAAGUGUACCAGUCAGGGUAAGAGGUCCCACUUCAAGCCACUAGUAUUGCAGAAGACCAUUUCUGGAGAGGAGUCACUCACUAAAGAGCUGUUGUCCUUUAAAAAGGAGCCUACCACUGAUGAGGAGUCUUUCUUCCAGGAGUCAUCUAUGUUGCGAGAGAAGCACACCACUCAGGGGGAGGUAGAUCUUUUGAAGAAGCCAUGGGCAUUGCAGGGGAAUAGUGACAGUGAAGAUAACUCUGUUAUGGAGGUAGCUUCCUUUAAAAAGAAACAUACUACCAAGAAGUCAAACCCCAUAAAGAUGUCAUCACCUUUAAAGAAGAAGAAAUGCAGCUCACAGGGGAAGAGGUCCCACUUCAAGCCACUAGUAUCGCAGAAGACUAUUUCUGGAGAGGAGUCACUCACUAAUGAGCUGUUGUCCUUUAAGAAGAAGCCUUCCAUUAAGGAGGAGUCCCUUUUCCAGGAGCCAUCUGCACUGCAAGAACAGAACACCACUCAGGAGGAGGUAUCAACCUUGAAGAAGCCCCUGGCCUUGCAAAAGUCUACUGAGGAGUCACUUUUUAAGCAGGCUUUGGCUUUUAAGAAGCAUACCACUGAGGAGGCAACCCCGACCAAGAAGCCUUUACCUUUGAAGAAGCAGCAGCAUACCAUUCAAGGGACAAUGUCCCACUUGAAGAAGCCACUAGUAUUGCAAAAGACCACCUUUGGAGAGAAGUCACUCAUUAAGGAGUCAUUGUCCUCUAAAGAAGAAAACGUGUCUUUAGAGAAAAAAAAAUGCACCACUCAAGUGAUCUCCAUCUGUCAAGAAAGGUUGGACUUGCAGGAUAUGUUUGGCAAAGAUAAGAAUUCUUUCUUUACAGAGCCAGUGUCAUUGAAGAAGAAUCCUUCGACUGAGGAGGCACUCCUCUCCAAGACCCAACUGGAAGAAGAGUCACUCUCUAAGAAGCUGUUGCCCUUUAAGAAUAAAACUACAACUCAGGAGGAGUUCCUCUUCCAGGAGCCACCUGCACUGAAAGAGAAGCACACUACUCUGCAGGAGUUGUCUCUCUCAAAGAAGCCAUUGGCCUUGCAGGAGAAGACUACCACUAAAGAAGAAUUUUUUCAGGAGCUAUUCUCAUUGCAUGUAACUCCUGCCAACGAAGAUGAGUUCCUCUUCCAGAAGGCUUUGGUCUCGCCAGAGAAGACUGAUACCAAGGAGGAUUCCUUGAAGAAGCUGUUGGUCUUGCAGGAAAACACCAGUGAUGAGGAGUCCCUUAUUAAGCAGCCACUGGCCUUGCAGGGGCACCCCAGCAUUGAGAAGGAGGGCCUCUUCAAGGAGCCCUUGGCUAUGCAGGAGAAGCCCAGCAUUGAGAAAGAGACCAUCUUCAAGGAACUCUUGGCCUUGCAAGAGAAGUCCACAAUUGAGGAGAAGGCCAUCCCGAAGGAGCCCUUGUAUUUUGAGAAGCCCAGCACUGAUAAGGAGACAUUCUUCAGGGAGUACUUGGCCUUGCAAAAGCCUCCCAUGAUGGAGGAGGAAGCCAUGCUGAAGGAGCCGUUGACCUUGCAUGAGAAGUCCAGCAUUGAGAAGGAGACCCUCUUCAAGGAGCACUUGGCUUUGCAAGAGAAGCCCAGCAUUGAGAAGGAGGCUGUCCCCAAGGAGCCCUUGGCCCUGCAGGAGAAGCCUAGCAUUGAAAAGGAAGCCCUCUCCAAGGAGAUGUUAGCAUUGCAGGAGGAAUUCCUUUUCAGGGAGGUAGUAGCUUUGAAUGAGAAACUCACCACUGAGAAGGAGUCAUCCUCCAAAGAGCCAUUGGCCUUGGAAGAGGAUCCCACCUGCAAGGAAGACACCUUUCUCAAAACAUUCUUGAUCCUCCCGGUUGAGACCAGCCCACAUGUGUCCAGCACUGCCCCUGAAUCCAGAAUAGGCAAGUCCAGUGCUGCCACCAUGUCCAGUGUGGGCAAGUCCAGUCCUCCCAGCAAGUCCAGUUCAUGCGAAUCUGGUUCCAACAAAACUGUCUCACUUCAGGGCAAGAGAACACAGGAGGAGAUGACCCCACUGGAAGAUAUUGAAAAGGACCUCAGUGAUCCAUUUUUCAAUUCAACGUAUGUCAAGGAUAUCUUCAGUUACAUGAAGGAAAGAGAGGAAAAGUUCAUACUUAAAAAUUACAUGAACAUGCAGGUUGACAUCAACAGUGACAUGAGGGCCAUUCUUGUGGACUGGUUGGUAGAGGUACAG